AAAUGGCAGAAAUUGCUUGGGGCCUAAAGAGGAGUGACUGCUGCUUCUUGUGGGUAGUCAGAGAAUCGGAAAGGAAAAAACUUCCAACCAACUUUGUGGAGGAGUCAUCAGAGAAGGGUCUGAUUGUGACCUGGAGCCCGCAGCUAGAGGUUCUGGCUCACAAGUCUGUCGGUUGCUUCAUGACUCAUUGUGGGUGGAACUCAACACUCGAGGCAUUGAGCUUAGGAGUGCCAAUGGUGGCAAUGCCACACUGGACUGAUCAACCAACAAAUGCAAAGUGCAUUGCCGAUGUUUGGCAUGUAGGGGUUAGAGUGAAGGAAAAUGAAAAGGGGAUUGUCACAAAAGAAGAGGUAGAAGGGUGUAUAAGGGAAGUCAUGGAAGGUGAAAGAGGGAAUAAGAUAAGAAGGAACUCUGAGAAAUGGAUGAAACUAGCUAAAACAGCAGUAGAUGAAGGCGGAAGCUCUGAUAAGAAUAUUACAGAAUUUGCAGCAGAACUUGCAAGGAAGUUGCAUGAAACCAAAGAUUCAAAAGUGUGAAAGCAUACAUAUGCAUGGCCUUAAAACUUUGAAAAUGCAUCUUAUUUAGCUGAUGUAGUUUGCCUCAAUCAUAAACUUGAUUACACAUCCACCAUAUGCAAAAGCAUGAUUUCUCAAUCUGAAU